AUGGCACACCAAAUCCUGGCACUGACUUUGCUGCUCCUACUCUCGCCCGCCUGGGCGGGCAUCAGCUAUCUGGGCGAUGAGCACGCCGUGGCGCAUACACAGCAGCAUGUGGUCAGGAGCUAUGAUGGCACCGUCUCGCACUAUGCCAAGUCCGUGGCCACGCCCUACUCCCAGGUGCACAAGCAGGACACGCGCAUCAGCAACAAUGUCUACCAGCCGGCCAUUGCCAAGAGCCUCAGCUAUGCCGCUCCAGCGCCCGUCUCCGUUGGCUAUGCAACGCAUCAGCCCACGCUCUUCACCCAGGCAGCUCCACUAGCGCCCGUCUAUCAGCAGCAGCAGCAGCAGCAGCAGCACAUUCCAGCUGCCCAGGCCAGCUAUGCCAGCCAUCAGCCCGUCGUGGUUCAUUACUCGCCCGCGGAGACCGUUUCCCACAUGAGCUUCGAUGGAUUCGGCACCCAUUGGGGCUACUAG